AUGCGAACUACUACUAAAUACACCCUCCUUGUCCUCUCCCUCUCAGCUGCCCUCAUCACAGCUGCGCCCAUCGAAUCCGUUCCUGACGCCAAUGAACUCAUAGAAGCACAGCAACGCCAACAGCAACAACAAACUCCCUUUGCUUUUCUCGAGCAGGAAGGCACCUCUUUCGAAGCCCUCGCAACCCCGCCCCCCUCCAGCUUCCUGGUCGAGUUCAACCUCCCCCCAGCAGGAGUCAAUCGUCAUGAGCGGGUGCGUAUGGAGGAGACCGGCGAGUUCCAGGAUUUUACCGCCAAUCGCCAUGCCACCGUUGCGAUGCAGCACCAGGAUUUUCAGGAUUUUAUGGUCGACCAGCUAAAAGUUGACUUCGCGGUCCGACACGAGUUCUUUGAUCUAAUGAACGGGAUUAGUAUUGACCUCCAGGGUGUGCCUCCUCAUAAGCUGCCUCAGAUUCUUGAGCAGAUCCGGGAUAUCCCUGAUGUUGUCAAAGUGUCGCCUCUUAUCUCAAUGAACCAGCCAAAGAGCAUUGUUCACGACGUAGGAAUUUUUGAUGCGCAAGCUGAGACUCCACAGUUAAGCACAGCUCACGAGCAAACUGGAGUCUUGAGCGCACGGAACGAGCGAAAACUCACUGGAAAAGGGAUCAAGGUUGGAGUCAUCGACACGGGAGUUGACUAUACACAUGAAGCGUUUGGGUCAUGCUAUGGAGGUCCCGGAUGCAAGAUUCAAUACGGGUUCGACUUUGUUGAGCCCUACCGUUCAACGUUCCAAGGUGGAUUCGACUGUGUCGGCCACGGAACUCAUGUAGCGGGUAUCAUUGCGGGAAACAGUACCAAGAACCAUUUCCUGGGUGUAGCUCCCGAUGUGACACUGGGUGUGUACAGGGUGUUUCCCUGCAAAGGAAGCUCCAAGGACGACGUGAUCAUUGCAGCCCUAGAAAAGGCCUACUCGGACGGAAUGGACGUCGUCAACCUUUCGCUAGGAGGCGGUUCCUCCUGGGACAACACAUCCCUCUCUAAGGUCGCUGGAAGUCUGGCCAACCUUGGUGUUGUUGUUGUAGCGGCGAUCGGAAACGAUGGAGAAUUGGGUAUUGACGAGGUCUCGUCGCCUUCGAUCAAUCACGAUGCUAUUUCUGUGGCCAGUUUCGAGGGCUCGGGGUAUCUCUCGAAUUACUUCCAGGUCAAGGGCGCGUCUGAGGCUCGCAUAGACUUUAGCGACAGCCCGCCCAAGGGCCUGGCGGAUGUGCCUCUUCCUCUUGUGCUUCCAGCCGAAGAUAUCGAAGGUUGCAAGCCGUACAAGGCCUCUCUAGAUGGAGCUGUUGCCUUCAUUCGACGUGGAACUUGCUCCUUUGUCCAGAAGAUCAAAUUGGCACAGGAUGCUGGCGCGAUCGGAUGCAUCUUUUACAACAACGUCGAGGGUGGACUGCGCCCAAAGGUGGACGACCCCUCUGUUCGCAUCUUCGGUCACGGUAUCUCUCAAUCGCAGGGCCAGCUCAUCUUGGAUCAGUUCGGUUCUGGAAGGACAUCCGAGGUCAAGGUGAUAUAUAAGACUGAGAAAGGCGUCUUCAGGAAUGAAAUGGCAAAUCAAAUCUCCACCUUUUCGAGCUGGGGUCUCGGUCCCGAGUUGGAGCUCAAGCCUGAUGUAGGCGCACCCGGUGGUUAUAUCUACAGUACCAUUCCCGUGGCGAAGGGUUCAUACUCUACCAUGUCGGGGACAUCGAUGGCGACUCCCUUUGUUGCAGGCACGGCGGCAUUGAUGCUCCAGGCUGAUCCUACAAUCGACAGACACGAGGUUUUAGGACGCUUGCAGAUCUAUGCAAAGCCAGGAUUGUACAAGGACACCAAGAUCGUGGACUCUGUUGCGCGACAAGGAGCAGGUAUGGUCAACAUCUGGGACGCGGUCCGCGGUCAAGCCCUGGUGAAACCUACGCGCCUUGCUCUCAACGAUACCGACAACACCCUCUCCUCCUAUACCCUCACCGUCACCAACCAAUACGAGACCGCAGAGACGUUUAUCAUUUCUCACACCCCAGCUCAGUCAGUCUUAGGUUUUACUCCUACCGGUCUACCUUCAGAAAGUGUCAUUUACAACGAAUCGGCCGCAGCAUUGGUGGUCGACAAGGGGGACGAGAUCCGCUUGAAGCCCGGCGAGACUGGCACGUUCACCUUCCACUUUGACCCACCAAGCGAUCUCGACAUUCAGAGCCAUUGGAUCUUCAGCGGGUAUGUCAAAAUCACGCCCUCCGACACGAGUCGUCCGGCGAUGCAGGUCCCCUAUGCGGGUAUGCAUGGCUCAUACAACACCGUCGACAUGCUCAACCUCCAAGAGAACUACCCGAUCAUUGUCGGUCCCACUCCCGAAGGACGGCUGAUGCCGAUUACGUUUGGGGAGAAACAGCCCCGGAGUUAUACGAUGGCGGGGCGUAACUUUGUGACGAUGCUCCUUAAGAUCUCGAACCCAAUGCGGAAUCUCCAGGUCUAUGUGAUGGAUGCGACGAGGCACAAGGUGAUUGGGAUGUUGCCUGUGGAUGGCGAGUACAUUGGACGGACGGAUAAUGUGAAAUCCAAGUUCUUUACUGUCCCAUUUGCGGGUCGGAUGAUUGAUGGCGAUGGCGAUUUGGUGUAUUUGGAGAAUGGUGAUUAUUCGCUGAUUGUGGUUGCUCCGAAGCCGUUCUCUGCGGGUGUUGGGUUGAAUGAAGGUCCUCAUGAGAGCUGGAUGUCGCCAAUUAUCCGUAUCAAGCAUUAG